AUGUCGGCGCUACAUGACCUCAAAUGGGAAAUCCAGCGAGGCCUUCAUCUGCUGACCAGUGCACGCAGCAAAGAUAUUCUCUACAAGCUGGCAGAGUCGUUACAAGAUGAUGAGGUGGAAGGAGAAACGCCAGGUGCAGAAUCGACCGAAGUGGAACUCUUCGACUUCAUUGUUGACUAUAUGAGAAGUCCGCAACUGAAGAUCCUCGAGGACCAGGGGAUGUCUCACCUGCUCGCCCUCCACGACCUCAUCACAGAACUACAAUUGCCAUCCGCUGGUGGGGAAGAAGAUGCUCAAGUAUUUUCAGACAGUGAAGUGAUCGUUGUAGCCCCUGUUACAAGUGAAUCUGCUGCAUCUCCAGUCGUCACAGUGAAGUCAUCAUCAUCAUCAGUGGCCGCUGAUCCAGUUACAGGUUUAGUCAAGCUGUCGGAACUCAAAUUGAUGAAGGACUAA